UAACUGUCACAACUUGCAUUUAUUGUGUUACCUUUAAUUUACAGCAUACUGUGUGACGCCGUGUAACAUUUGAUUUUUGCUCUUUCAGUCAAUCCCCAACAAUAAAACCUGUUAUGGGACUCUUCGUAAUGUGAAUGGGCAAUUAGUGAGAGAAUUGACCACACAAGACCCCUCGGAGCACUGCGCGGCCAACCACCAUGGACAACGUGUUCCUGUUCGUGCCGAACCUGAUCGGCUACGGGCGUGUGCUGCUGGCACUUCUCUCGCUCUACUUAAUGGCCGAGCGUCAUGUGGCGGCGGGCGUCUGCUACGUGAUCAGCGGCCUGCUGGACGCGCUGGAUGGGCACGCGGCGCGCCUGCUCAACCAGAGCAGCCGGUUCGGCGCCAUGCUGGACCAGUUGACCGACCGCUGCGCCACCAUGUGCCUGCUGGCCUGCCUGUGCGCCUUCUACCCGCACCGCAUGCUCUGGUUCCAGCUCAGCAUGGCCAUCGACAUCUCCUGCCACUGGAUCCACCUGCACGUGACGACGCUGCGUGGCCGCGGUAGCCACAAGAGCAUCGGCGGCGAGGGCUCGGCGCUGCUGCGUCUGUACUACACCUCGCGGCCGCUGCUCUUCUGCAUGUGCGGCGGAAACGAGCUAUUCUACUCGAUGCUGUACCUGCUGCACUUCACGGAGGGCCCGGCGGUGCUGGGCCUGGGCCUGGUACGCGUGCUGGCCUGGCUGAGCGCGCCGGUGGCCGUCGCCAAGUCGGCCAUCGCGCUCGUGCAGGGCUACGGCGCCUGGGCAGAGCUGGGCCGGCUCGACAUCGAAGAACGCGCGGCCGCCAAGGCGCUGUAGCGUCCCCGCCACCCCCUUCCCCCUUCCCGCUUUUCCUCUGCGCCAGAUCAAAGUAGCCGCCGGCGGGCCUGCGUGUCCUUGUUGCUGUACUGCUGUGCAGAUGUUGAUGUUCAUUGUUUCAUGUCGUGUUCGGUCGAGUGUGUUCCUUGGUAUGGUAGCAUGUCUAGCAGUGUUAUGUGACUAAGGGAAUGCUUUGCAUGGAUUGGAGGAAUAAUGCUUCGCUGCACCAUGCAAUCGACUAUGUUGUGAACCCUUUGCUGCGACAGAUUCAUACCUUAUGACAUAUAGAACAUUUACUAACUGAUAAGCUGGUAACAUGUACAACUUACAAAAUGAUCAGUCGAUGAGCUGAAAUUAGAUGCUUUUCGUUUGAUGCAGUGAGCAAGCGCAUGUCCUCGCACGAGUUGACAUCGCGUGUGGAUUACAGGACCAGUCUGCUCGCUGCCCAGCCUGUUGGAACGUCGGGAAAGUUGAUAUCCGGUCAAAAUCACCGUUGGCCUGUUCAGGUUUUAGUGUGUAGCAAUUGUGCUUUAACAAACGCGUAGUUUCGUACAAACUAACGUUUGUAGGGUAAGCAACAUAGCAGGGGAGGCAUAUCCCUAGCUAAGAAGUGUUAAUCAUUCAGAUAACGUAAUCCAGGUUCAGAAGGAGAGGUUCAUUUUGAUGGAUGUGACCAGACGGGGAGGGGUUGAGGUUUGGAGCGGGGCAUGUUCCCCUUUUCCCCUGAAUGUCGUUUUAUUCCCCAAAGUUGUGUAGGAUGCAUGCUUUUUACGUUUUUCCGUUCACAAUGUCAUUCCGGGCCAAAUUAUCCCCCACGUUCCAGCUCGGCCCACCCAAUCCUCCCUCAUCCCCCUUCUCAGAGAUUUGGUUACACCCACGUUUUAGUUUGCUGUGAUGAGGUCGCUAAGCUUUGGGUGAAAUAAUAGCAGAGCUGACAAAUACCUUAACAGUUCAUACGUCAUAUUCCCGAUGUAAAACGGCACGUGGUGUGCGGCAGUGAGAUGUGAGAUGAGAAACGUGGCGGCUUAGAUUUAACCGUUAACUCCAGCCGCAGUGUCGCUCGGGAUGCUUUUCCCGCUUGAAGUACAGCAUGAUAGCAGGCUUAGCUAUAACAUGCAUAAGGAGGCCAAAAGUUGGGUGUGCUGUUGUGUCUGAGAAUGAGAGCUUCGUGGGUAUUCACUGUAGUCGACGUCUUCUCGUAUGUGUGGACUUCUUUGCAUAAAGAUCUCGCCUACGUUCCUGAUGCGCGCGGCGCCGGUGUUGCUUAUUUCGUGUCACAAAUAUUUCGCGAAAUAUUUCUUAUAACAAAAAAUGUUUUGUUCCAACAUAUUUAUUUCGAAGCUUAGUAACGAAAAGAGUAGCCAUUCACAAACUAGUCAUGUUUCGUGCUUGCAGCAGAGCAUUCUUUUAAUCAUUCCUUGCUGUUAAGGGAUGGCUGGUCAGUCUUGCCGCUAUCGCCAAAGCCAUGUUUGGGCCAACUGUGUGACAUUGGAUGUAAAUGCACGCGAUUCUUGCGACUUUUUCCGUAAGUAUCACCGACAAGUAUCCCUUUGUUUUACGCUGGGCUGAUACCGCGAUUGACGUCAACGGUAUUUAGUAACAAGUGCGUGUGCAUGUCAGCUGCUACAUAAAUUGUCACUGUCGUGUUCACAUAGAUGUUAGCACUAGGCAUUUCGAGAGGCUGACCCAACAAGGCCAGUCCCCACUUUCCACCUCCCCCCGCACCCGUCCGCGACUACCUGUUAUGCACAUUCCCUUGUUUAUGCACUACCAGAACAUUAAACCGACCUCAGCAGCAUAAGCGCCGUGGCGUUAUUAUGGAACAGUGGUGAUAGCUGCGCUCCACCACCUGACAAUGGCUGUCAGCCGGGCUGUCCCGCAAGGUGUGCGUUCUUUGCCCGGCGACGCCUGUGACGGUCUUUCAGUUACCUACUUAGGCGUGGGGAGGCACGCCAGCGGUAACGGUCAUUUUGCGCUCCGUCAGGCCAUCGCGCGGUCGGUAGAUGAUUCUUCGCUGCGGACUUGCGCUGGGUCAUCACAGCCAUUGCUGUUGAGAACAUAUUCUUAGUCCUGUUGCUCGAUAAUUCUUGGGCUGUGGCCAGCGACGCCAGCCCUGCGUUCGUUCCCGUACCACCACAGACAACGCAUUUGUCGCGCCACGCCCUGAUGCCGCAUCCGCCGCUAUUUUGUAUUUGUUUUCAAAGCACGCUGUUUCGUUCGUAGCCUGGCUGUUGCGCUUUGCUGCACGGCUUUAACACGUGCGACGUCUGUUUUCCGGGGAGGUACGUUAACUUUUGCCAUGUGCUGUGUUGACACCGCCGACACGCUGGCGGACGCCGCGGAGUGAGAACAGUCCGGCUAAUACAACACAUACAUACUU